AUGAAGCAAUUAGAACAAAACAAUACCUGUCUGACCUGUUUACAUGCAAAUUCCAAUAGCACAUUUUCAAAUAACCCUUCAGAAAGCUUAACCAUCUUUUUGACCAGUGUGAUGAUUUUUAUAACUGUUAUGGAUGUCCUUGGAAACACUCUGGUUAUAUUAUCUAUCCUAAGAAACAAGAAACUGAGAAAUGCUGGUAACGUCUUUGUGAUUAGCUUAUCAGCAGCAGACCUAUUAGUUGGAGUAUACUCAUAUCCUUUAGUUUCUAUUGCAACAUUUUACAAUAAAUGGACUGCGGGAGAACUUCAUUGCAAAAUAGCAGGAACUGUUCUGUCUCUCAGUCACUUUCUGUCUGUCUAUAGCAUAAUGACUAUUGCAAUAAACCGUUACUGCUGUAUCUGUCAUAGUCUCAGUUAUGAAAAAGUUUUCAGUAUGAAAAACACUUUCUGUUACUUCUUUCUGAUUUGGUGUUUCAGUGUCAUUUUGAUUGUGCCAAUCAUAUCAUACGAUGUUUUACAUUAUGAGGAAAGAGUGCAUUUUUGUGCUUUUAUAUUUACAGUAAAUAGCUCAUUAACAAGCACUCUGGGAGUGAUACAUUUCUUAAUACCAGUAAUCAUUGUGUUGUUUUGUUACUCAAAGAUAUGGAUCUUGGUUAUUCAAGUCAAGUACCGUGUGAGGCAAGAAAAUAGACAAAAGUUAAAGCCUAGUGAAGUGCGGAAUUUCCUGACAAUGUUUGCAGUAUUUGUCCUUUUUGCAGUUUGCUGGGCUCCAUUUAGCAUUCCAGGUUUGGUAGAAGCACUGAAUCCAGGAGGUAAGGCAUCAGAAUUCCCUGGUUGGCUCUAUGUGUUUGGCUACUACACUGCAUCCUUUAACAGCUGUCUCAAUGGCAUUGUUUAUGGUGUCCUUAAUCAAAAUUUCAGACAAGAGUACAAAAGAAUUCUACUGUCACUAUGCACAGUUAAACUAUCAUUUCUGAAUACUUCAUGCUUAGGUUCCAACAGUACAGUUGCAAAUAAUCCUUCAGAAAGCCGAACCAUCUUUUUGACCUGUGUGAUGAUUUUUAUAACUGUUAUGGAUGUCCUUGGGAACACCCUUGUCAUCCUAUCUAUCUUAAGAAAUAAGAAGCUGAGAAAUGCUGGUAAUGUCUUUGUGAUUAGCUUAUCAGCAGCAGACUUGUUGGUUGGAGUAUAUUCAUAUCCAUUAGUUUCUAUUGCUACAUUUCAUAACGAAUGGACUGCAGGAGAUCUCCAUUGCAAAAUAGCAGGAACGUUUCUAUCUCUGAGUCACUUUCUUUCAGUCUAUAGCAUAAUGGCUAUUGCAAUUAACCGCUACUGCUGUAUCUGUCAUAGUCUCAGCUAUGAAAAAGUUUUCAGUAUGAAAAAUACUUUUUGUUACUUCUUUCUGAUUUGGUCUUUCAGUAUAAUUUUGAUUGUGCCAAUUAUAACAUAUGAUGUUUUACAUUAUGAUGAAAGAGUACAUUUCUGUGCUUUUAUAUUUACAGUAAAUCCCUCAUUCACAAGCACAUUGGCAGUGAUACACUUUUUAAUACCUACAACCAUCGUUUUCUUUUGUUAUUCAAAGAUUUGGAUCUUGGUUAUUCAAGUCAAGUACCGUGUCAGACAGGAAAACAGACAAAAGUUAAAGCCUAGUGAAGUGCGUAAUUUCUUGACAAUGUUUGCAGUAUUUGUUCUUUUUGCAAUUUGUUGGGCUCCAUUUAGUAUUCCUUCACUGGUAGAAGCAUUGAAUCCAGGGGGAAAAGCAUCAGAAUUCCCUGAUUGGCUCUUUGUGUUUGGCUACUACACUGCAUCCUUUAACAACUGUCUCAAUGGCAUUGUUUAUGGUGUCCUUAAUCAAAAUUUCAGGCAAGAGUACAAAAGAAUUCUGCUGUCAUUUUGCACAGUUGUAUCACGAAGAUAA